AUGGCAAAGCAAGUUAGGAAGAAGGGCAAACAUCCAGCACUGAAUUUUAAUCAUGGAAGCGGAAGUACCUCGGAUGAGAAUCUUAUAGUGUAUAUUCCAAGAGGACCAAUGCUUGAAACAGUGAGUGAAACAAUUGGCUUAAAAGUACAAGGGUACACCUGUUGGUACGUUCAUGAAGGCAUAAUACAAGCGUCCGUGAUAAUUGGUCUGCCACGUCAAAAAGAUAGCUUCAGAGAAUCCUCCAUUACAUAUGAAGGAGAAGCAGCUAAUACAAAAGAUGAAGCAAUGGAAAAAUCAGCUCAAGUGGCCUUAAAAUGCAUCUGUGCAAACUAUAAUAUUUCUAUCAAUGAUCAUAAUUAUUAUGCUCUCGAAGUCACAAAGGAAAGAUCGUUUACAACAAGAGAGAAGGCUUAA